GGACGCUCUCGAGUGGCUGCCGCCAAGACGGCGAAGCGGGAGCGGACGGCGCGGACCACAGGACGGAAAUGAAAUAAUGACGUCCGAAUCAUCUCCUCCGCUCCCUCUCUCUGCUCACGCCCACGCCCACUACGGCGGUCUCGCCGGCGCCGACGAUGAGGAGUCCCGCUGCCACAGUGACGGCGGCGGCGACGACCAUUACGGCAGCCACGGCAAGCCCAAACAGAAAUUCAGGAAGAGCAAGAAACGGCCUCUCCUGUCUCCCCUCCUUGUCUUUUCCCUCCUCUCCUUCUCGCUUGGCCUCGCCGGCCUCUCCCUCUCAGCCUACGCCCUCCUCUUCCGUCCCCUCGACGCCUACUCGUCCCUCCCUGGCUUCCUUCGAUGUCGAGGGUCAGAAGACACGGCACGCGUGGCUCGGCUUGCCAAUUCCCAUCGGUCAAAGGCGCACAUCGAUUUCGUUCCCCGCCCCAGGCUCCUCGGCGUCGUCGGCGUUCAGACCAGCUUCUUCUCGAGGGAGAACAGGAUGGCGCUCCGGGAUACGUGGUUCCCGGCGGAUCACGAGGAGCUCCUUCGCUUAGAGCAUGCUACUGGCUUAGCAUUCAGAUUUGUCAUUGGACGCACAAAUGAUGCAAAGAAAAAUGCUGACCUUCAGGAGGAGGUGGAUAAAUACAACGACUUUUUGCUUCUAGACAUUGAAGAGGAGGAGGGUCUUAAAUUGCCGUACAAAACGUUGGCAUUCUUCAAAGCAGCUUUUGAUCUUUUUGACGCAGAAUUUUAUGUGAAAUUAGAUGAUGACGUAUAUCUGAGGCCCGAUCGUCUUGCAACCCUUCUAGCUAGAGAUCGCAUUAAUCCGGCCACUUACAUUGGCUGCAUGAAAAAGGGCUCAGUUGUCACAGAUCCAAAGAUGAAAUGGUAUGAACCGGCAGGGCAUUUACUUGGUAAAGAGUACUUUUAUCAUGCCUAUGGGCCUCUAUAUGCUCUAUCAGCUGAAGUGGUGGCGGCAUUAGUGAACACAAGGAAUGACAGUUUGAGGAUUUUCAGUCAUGAGGAUGUUACUAUUGGUUUGUGGAUGUUAGCUAUGAAUGUCAACCAUGAAGACAGUCGGGCAAUGUGUGAUAGUCAAUGCACACCAACGUCCAUUGCAGUGUGGGAUGUUUCAAAAUGUUCAGGGCUUUGUAGUCCCGUUGAUAGCUUGAAGGAGCUUCACAAAACCAGCAUGUGUUCCAAGAGCCCCACAAUGUCACCCGACGGGAAGUGAAUACGUUUUUCCUUGUGAUUGAUAUUGUUUCUCGCCCUUGUAUCAAUGGUACCCGCUGGUAUGAAUGAAUAAAUUGAGCCAGAUGAUUCUUUCCUAAUUUUUUUGUACGUUACGUUUGUAUUUUGUCACGAAAACAAUGGUCCGAGUUUUGAUGUGUAACUAUGAUAUGCUUCGUGAUAAUAGAAGUGAGAAUAACAGAGUAAUGAUAGAAUUCAA